GCCGCGCCCAGCCUGUAUCGGAACUCGUGGACGCCCAGCAGGUAAACGACAGGUGUCCUGCAAUUGAAGUCGAACCACCCGGACCACGACUGUGAGCUCUAAAGACAAGUUUAUUAAGGAUUCACUGUUGCCGAUGGAGUAAGAACAGGCGAGAACAUUAAUAAUAUGAUACUUUUUUUUGUAAGAAGCUGAGUUUGUUCUCACAUCAACUGCUUAUCGGCUGUGAAGUUGGAUGGAGUAAUUGAUAUUUACAUCGAUCUGGUUUACUGUGUAGGGCGGCUGUGGGUUUUUGUGCACAAUGGAUUCAAGUAUUACAAGGCGAACAGGAGUUGUACUACUUAUUUUCACAUUUUCAAGUUUUCUGCACGGCUCUAGAGGGAAAAUCCCAACCCAACCAACCGGCGGCAGUGUCACGAUUUUGCCCCCGGUUAACCUAGAUAAUGCCCCCCAGGCCUAUCCAGAACCGGCAAAGGAAAAUAUGCCAGUGUUUACAAUGAAUUACCAAAGAAUACAGUUACCAUUUGAGAUUACUCUUUGGGUUUUGCUGGCUUCAUUCGCAAAGAUUGGUUUCCAUGUGUACCACAAGAUCACCAUCUGGGUGCCAGAGUCAUGCCUUCUGAUCAGCAUUGGUCUGAUAGUGGGUGGCAUCAUGUACUCUGUCCAUGAGGAGCCCCCUGCUGUGCUCUCCAGAAAUGUCUUCUUCCUCUACAUGCUGCCCCCGAUUGUCCUCGACUCGGGCUACUUCAUGCCAACCAGGCCUUUCUUUGAGAACAUCGGCACGGUGUUAUGGUUCGCAGUGGUGGGGACCCUGUGGAACAGCAUCGGCAUUGGCGUGUCUCUGUUUGCCAUAUGCCAGAUUGAGGCGUUUGGUGUGCAGGACAUCAACCUCCAGGAGAACCUGCUGUUUGCCACCAUCAUCUCGGCCGUGGACCCUGUGGCCGUACUGAGCGUGUUUGAGGACGUGUCUGUGAACGAGCAGCUCUACAUCGUGGUGUUUGGAGAAUGCCUCUUCAAUGAUGCUGUCACUGUGGUGUUGUACAACAUGUUCAACUUUGUGGCGUUGAUGCCAGAGGUGGAGCCAGUGGAUGUUUUCCUCGGGGUGGGGAGGUUCUUUGUGGUGGGGCUCGGUGGGAUGGGCUUCGGCAUUGUGUUUGGCUUCGUGGCCGCCUUCACCACAAGAUUCACCUUCAAGGUCCGAGAAAUUGAGCCACUCUUCAUAUUCAUGUACAGCUACCUGGCCUAUCUGGUGGCCGAGCUCUUCAACAUUUCGUCCAUCAUGGCCAUUGUGACCUGUGCUCUCACCAUGAAGUACUACGUGGAGGAAAAUGUGUCCCAGCGUUCCUGCACAACCAUCCGCCAUGUUGUCAAGAUGCUUGGCUCCAUCUCAGAGACUCUCAUCUUCUUUUUCCUGGGGGUCGUCACCAUAACAACAGACCAUGAGUGGAACUGGGGCUACAUCCUGUUCACAUUGCUGUUUGCUUUUCUAUGGAGAGGUCUUGGUGUCUUGGUGCUGACUCAGAUCAUUAACCCUUUCCGCACCAUUCCAUUUAACUUCAAAGAUCAAUUUGGUCUGGCCUACGGUGGUCUGCGAGGUGCAGUUUCCUUCGCCUUGGCCUUCACUCUUCCUGAAAACAUUGUCCGCAAGCAGCUUUUCGUCACUGCCACUAUUGCUAUCAUCCUAUUCACUGUCUUUCUUCAGGGCAUCAGUAUUCGACCUUUGAUUGAGUUAGUCAAUGUCCGCAGAACCAACCGCAAUCUUGACACUAUCAACGUAGAGAUUCACUGCAGGCUCAUGGAGCAUACAGUAGCUGGCAUUGAGGACCUCUGUGGACAGUGGAGCCACUUUUACUGGAAGGACAAAUUUUUGAAGUUUAACAAUCAAAUCCUGCGGAAAAUCCUGAUCCGAGACAACCGGGCCGAGUCUAGUAUUGUGGCGCUGUACAAGAGGCUGGAAUUGCAGAACGCCAUGGAGAUCCUGGACAAUGUGUCUGGAGACAUCAGCGCUACUCCGUCCAUCGUCUCUCUCUAUGAUGAAAAGAAAAGUUCUGCUAAGCCCAAGAAGAAUUUCCUGGCUACUGACGUGAAGAACAUGCAUGACAUCCUGUCCAAGAACAUGUACAAGAUCAGGCAACGGACGGUGUCAUACACAAAUAAGCAUGCCCUGCCCAACGACAGCCAUAGCAGAGAGAUAUUGAUGAGACGCCACACCAGCAUCCGCCGCAGCCUCCGACCUGGCAGCUUUCAGUCAUCGGUGGUGCCCAAAUACUUCUCUCUUCCUGCUGGGAAAAGUCUGGACACAAAAUAUCCUCCCAGGAGGCAAAGCUAUACAGAUGAUCGGGAAACAAUGUCAGAGGUGGUCUACCACUCCAAACCCUCUCGGUUUGGCCAGCCAGCACGCUCCUCUUCCAGAGCCAUGAUGCCUCUACGCAGGCUGGACACCCUAACGGAGGCAUCCUCUGUUAACCUGCUGGAUGAAAGCACAGGGGAGGAGAGAGGCAGGUCAAGGCGUGGCACGUCCAGGACAAACUCCUCCUCCAGUGAUUCUCACAUUCCUGCUCAUCACCGUCCAUUUCACUCCUCCGUUGAAAAUGACAGCAGUUCAGCUUAUAACAUUAGAAGUGGACGUCAUGAAGUGGAAGAGGAGCAGCAACAGCAGCCUCCACCUCCAGCCUGGGUUGCUACACCCAGAGACAACACAGCAAAAAACCCUCUUCUCAGACAGCCUCAGUGGAACCCCAAGAAGAUGUAAAUGUUGGUUCUAAUAAAUGAAAUGUUCUCAAGGAGCAUCAGGAUCUUUACAUACGACUGUUUUUUUUUUUUUUUUUUUUUUACUGUUUAAAGACCAAGUAAAUUAACACUGGAGAUCCAUUCAUUACUUAUUAGAGGUGACUCACCCUCCAAAAUGAGCCAAAAGGACAGUCAUAUCUUGGUAUCAGAAGCACAGUGCACUAUAAUGAAGGAACUGUAUAUCAACUCUCAACAGUUAAUCAUUCUGACAAUUUUAUCUGUGCAGUUCACACCAAUGCGAUUUUCAUUGUUUUAUCUUCCCAUAGAAUUUUUAAAGACAAUGUAAUUUAAAUGAUUUUAUUUGAAUAAUUAUUUCUUUGUCCUCAGAUGUAAAUAUUUAAAAUGUUUGUACUCUUGUAUUGUCUAUUGUGUGUGACAGGUGUAUGAUUGUGGAUACAAGUUUUUUUUUUUUUUUAUAUAGGCCAUAUACGUUUAACAUUAGAAACUAUUGCUGUGCAGUACAAAGUACUUCUGGGACUACACUGAUGGACCUCUCAAAUCCCACUUGGCUGCCCCCUUUAUUAUUUUCUUUUUCUGUAACAAAUUUCCGAUGUUGUUGAAAGCUGUUAUCAAGCAUUCUUAAUACAACCAUGGAUACAAUGCAUGUUUUGAAAUGUGGCACUGAAGGCACCAGCAAGAGAAGAUGCAACAUCCAAACUGCAGCAUUGAUUUCAGUGUUUCAUAUACAACUCAAAAGUCAUGACUCUCAUACAAAACCUUGUUUAUUCCUGCAAGUUGACUUUUGGCAUGAAUCUGCCAUGCACUUCAUGGGUCACUGACAUCUUUACAUAACUGUAUAAAAUGUUCCUUAACCAGGGGGAAUAUGUUU